ACCCCCAACUAAUCACGCUACGUAGGUCUCUGGAGUCGUUUACCAGCUACCGUUAAAGGACAAGUUUGUAAAUAUAUCUAAUCUGAAUUAUUUCCUGUGCAUUUACCAGAGAGGUCCAAACAUCCUCGUCUAACCUUUUCGGCAUUGGCGUUCCCACCCGGAGAAAUAUGAAACCACAUUUGUCGAGUCUCACGAUCUGAUUUUGGUCACAUGAUUCGCGUCCACGCGAUUGUAGCUGUACUGGAGGCUGGAAGAGUUUGGGAGGAGAUGCAGGGAACAUCGCACAGGAGAGGAGAAUUCAUUAUGAUCACAUUUAGCCGUGGGAGACUCGUGUAAGCGGAGGUAAAUGGAAAGCGAAAUGGACUGAAUGCGUUUUGAAAUCAUGAAAGCCGACAAGGUGAAAUUGUGCGCGUCGCUUUGCAUGUGGCUCGGAAUAGUCACCUGGGUUGGAAAUGUGAAGUUGCACCUUUGGUUCGUGUUCGUACAGGACGUCGUUUUUUCUGCUGCAGACGAGCAGGUGAAUGUUUCUAAAAGGCACGCGCCGGUGAACGCGGGAUUGAAAACUUUUAAUACUGUGGAUAACGCGAUCGAGCGCCGGGUCUUCUGGAGCGCGUGGCUGGACGGUCUCUCCACUCGUGUUUUUGGCGUGGAGCACGAGAGGAAGUGGAGAGAGCGGGUUCGGGACGCUCGGGUGGUUGUGCUGGAAGCGGGCUGCGGCAGACCCACGAACCGCCUCGCGACCUUCGCCGACGGCACGAGAGCAUGCGUGCGAUACGGCAUCGACGCGGAUCAAGUGCUGGGAGAAACGCUCUCGUAUUAUCUAGCGGAGCUGCUCGGGAUUUCCAACCUUCCUCCCUUGGCGCUUUCCAAACUCAACCUGUCCAGUGAGCAGUGGGCGAGCGUGCGAGGAAAUAUCGAGGCGUUGGAGUGGUCGCCGAAUGCCAUUGUGUCUCUCACCGAGUUCGUCCCAAAUGUCACUGGAGUGUUUAUUCCACUGCAUUUGCGGAAACAGCAAGGAGGAGGAGGUCUGCAACUCACUGCCGAGGCUUUAUCUAACAUGACCGCGACGUAUCUGGUUGAAUUAAUGCAGUGGAGCGAUCUAAUUAUAUUCGAUUAUUUAACAGCCAACUUCGAUCGAGUCGUCAGUCACAUUUUCAGUCUCCAGUGGGACGCGCGCGUGAUGGAGAGGACGACUAAUAACCUUCUCAAAACGAUCAACGGGCAUUUGCUUUUUAUCGACAACGAGGCGGGGCUUGUUCACGGAUACAGGGUGCUUGACCUGUGGGAACGGUACCACAGACUGCUGCUGAGCUCGUCGUGUGUGUUUCGCAGAAGUACGGUCCGGCGUAUUUCUGAGUUGAAGCGCUCCGGAAGCGGCGCGAGGCUGCUGCGUGAACUGUGCCGCGCGAGGGAACCGUUGGCGCGCGAGCUGGGCUCUCUGUCCGAAGAGCACGCGCUUACGCUGCAGAACAGGAUUGACGUGGUUUACAAACACGUUAAGCAGUGCACAGAAAACACGUAGGCGUUCGCCAGCUCAGGUGUUUCUUUCUGUAGGUGCUAUAAAUACGUCGCCGUGUCAUUCCGAUGCGAACUUACACACUGCUCGGUAGAAUUCACGGUGGCAGAAUAGGGAUAUUAACAAAGGCCGCUAUUGUUUAGCCUAUGGGUUGAGACAUUCCCCCUCUCCUGCUAAAAACCAGCUUAAGCAAAUGUACUGGUUUCCCAGGCUGCUCUUUUGAGUUUGGGACACUUUUUGGGCCGGACGGGCAGCAAGCUGGUUUAAGAUGUUUUGUUUUCACGAGGGUCCAAAAAAUUAAUCGGUAAUAAAGAGUAAAUGGAUCUU